AUGAGUGCCCUCCAGCCCCUCGACUUCACCGCCGCUCGCUACCUCGUUGAGCAGGCAAUCAUCAAUCUCCGGGACUGCAUUGACCACCGGGAGAUCGUGGCAACCUCCGGCCCCGUCGACCCCGACGAGUUCGAAGAGUUGAGUUUCCACAUCUGGGACACCAAGGUGGAGAUUGCCCAGCAGAUCCGUGGCUUUGGCGACCCCCUAGGCGCCACCAUGCUGACCAACUUCUUCCACCGGUUGAUCGGCAACAUGCCCGAUGCUGAUGGGAACAUCCUCUGA